AUGUUAAUUCAACCUAGGUAACAGUUAAUUGUUCGAUGGAUGGAUAAAUAAAAUGGAUUAUUUGUCCAGAGAGAACUUUAAUUAAUAUAUUCAAUAUUUAAAUUAAUAGAUAAUUUAUAAUUUCUGAUUAUUCUAUUGAUGAUAAUCUAUAUAUAAUGUUAAUCUAUAUAAAUAUAGAUUAUAUCAAUAUUUAAAUCCUUUGAAUUAAUACCUAUUGUAUUAUAAAUAAAAGGAAAGUACUGUUAACUAGUAUUGUAAAGAAUUCAAAUAAAAUAAUUAAAUGAAAUAAAGUAGAAUAAGAUAUGUAAAUAUAAGUUGCAUGAAUAUGGAAGGAUUUCUAAUAUAAAUACUCAUGAUUUAUCUACAUCUAAUAAACUUAUUACUAGAAAUCAUUCUCUUAUUAUUCUAUAAUUUUAAAGAUAGAUUUCUAUUAAUUAGGUUAAUAAUCUUAUUUUUAGUAUAACAGAAUCAUUAUUACUCAAUAUUCAUAAUGUUACAGAUACAUGA